AUGGAUGCGGGUGGUUAUGGCAAUCUUAUCAAACAUUUAAGAGAUUUCCAUAAUUUAAAAGAAGAAAGUUCUGGUAAAGCUACAAGAAAUAUCGAGCAGUUUUUUCAAAUACAACCACGCCGCUCACAAACAACAGUUGGAACUCCAAGCAGCUCAUUGAUAAAAAAUAAAGAUUCAUGGUUACUUGCACGAGAUAUGGCUCUCUGGUUUUGCAAGUCUUUAAUGCCGUUCGAUUCGGUAUCAGAUGAAGGCAUGAACGAUUUUUUCCAAAAAUAUGACAUCAUCAGUUGUAAAGAAGAUAUGCCCUCUAGAGACACAGUGUCUCGCACUGCUCUCGACGAUGUCUAUGAAAGUAUGCUGGAGAAUGUGAAAGUUCAAAUCAAAACAGAUGCGGCUGGACAUGCCGCUAUCACGUUUGAUUUGUGGACUGAUCAGUAUAGACAUCUGAGCUACAUAACGUUCACUCUUCAUUACUUAACUGCUGAUUUUGAGUUAAAAUCAUUCACGUUGUGCACUAAGCUUAUCGAGGGCAAAAAGACGGGAGCUAAAAUUCAAGAAACAUUAAACGAGACAAAAGAGUGCUUUGAUCUCCAGGAAAAAGUACUCCACUCCGUGACGGAUGCAGGGUCAAAUGUUAAACGCGCCAUUUCGCUUGCCCCACUGGACAGCCAUUUGUGCUUAGGGCACGCAUUGCACAACCUGGUAACUGUAGACGGUAUUGGCAGUGUUCCUGAAUUAGCAGAUUUAAUAAAAAAGUGUAAAAAGAUUGUGAAAACCGUUCGUUAUCGUUUACCGGACUUGGAGCGAGAGGCAGAAAAAGAACAGAUUCAAUUUCUACAGUCUCUAGAGCGCGUAUCAGAACAUUUGGAAAUGGAUGAAAAUGAGCCAAUUAUUGAUGAUGAGGUGUCGGAUUCACAUUCAGUUUCAGGACUACAAACGAACAGCGAUGAAUUUGGUAGCAUAAACCAUGUGCCAAGUAUCAAAACUUCGUCGCCAACCCGUUGGCAUAGUAUGCUAGCUAUGCUAGAAAGUCUAGCACACUUUUGCAACAGAAAUCCUGUUAAUAAUUUAUUAGCACAAGUCAAUCAACAUGAUUUAAAAAUUUACCAACAGGAGUGGAACUUGUUAGAAGAUCUUAUUCGGUUUCUACGUAAAUUCCGUGAAGUAGUGGAAAUGCUAUCGACACAAAAAACAGCUUCGCUUAAUUUGGCCCUUGUGUUUCGUUUGGAAAUCAGAGAUAUCCUCAAUUCUUUAUCAGACGAAGAAACGCUAAUAAUGCUAUCACUGAAAAAUAAAAUGUUGGCAAAAUUAGACAAACGAUUCCCAAUCACUGAUAAAAUUGUUGUUUCGGCAUUGUUGGAUCCUCGUUUUAUAAGCUUGAGUCAGAUUGAUUCGUACCUUGAAUAA